UCUGAUCUCUCCACCUCUAACUCUCCUCGGUCUCCUUAUUUUCUCCAUGCUUGUCAUUCCCUCUGUCUGUCCCUCCCUUUUCCCCUCCAUUCGUCCCUCUCCCCUUCCUUUCUGCUUCCCUCGCGUCUGGCUGGGUUGGGCUCCCCAUCCCUCUCCUCUGGCUGCUAAUGAGCAGAGGAGCCUUUGAGGUGGCCAGGGUUGGGGUGGGGAGGCUCCCUGAGGGUGGCAAAGGGGGCAGCUGCUGCCAAAGCCCUAAUGAGGCCCCCUCUGCGCCCCUCCCGCCGCGAUCUUAAUUCACAGUUCUCCCUGGAGCCACCACUAAUUGGCCUGGGGAGGGGCCCCCCUUUCCUGGCUCAUCCUCUAUCCCUGGGGGGUAAGGACACCUGGAUCCCUAGAUCCUGAUCCAGCACCUGUGGCCCUGUCCUUCUGGCCCUCCCUCCACCUGCCCCUCAGCCUCCCAUCUGUGCGUCCCUCCCUCUUCCUCGCCUCACCCCUCUUUUCCUCCCCCGCCGGCCUCUAGAUAUCCCCAUCCUUUGGCACACCCCUCUACCCUCCUCUGUCCCUCUCCUCCAGGGCCAUCAUCCCUUCCUCUACCUGUCUCUGGCACCCUAUUCGUGCGCCCUUUCACCCACACCUGUUACUGGGUCCCACCCCGCCACACCUCGGGACCCAGCGGUGUUCCAGCCUGCAGACCCCACUCCUCCCUGUCCUGCUGCAGUCAUGUCCAACAACAUGGCCAAGAUCGCCGAGGCCCGCAAAACGGUGGAACAGCUGAAGCUGGAGGUGAACAUCGACCGCAUGAAGGUGUCGCAGGCGGCGGCCGAGCUCCUGGCUUUCUGUGAGACGCAUGCCAAAGAUGACCCGAUGGUGACACCGGUACCCACCGCCGAAAAUCCCUUCCGCGACAAGCGCCUCUUUUGCGUCCUGCUCUGAGUCCUC